UUGAAAGUUAUACUCUUCGGUGUUCCGGUUCAUGUGAUUCAGCUUGACGCCAGCUCUAACUUGAGGCGUGUGUUUGUUUUGUAGUCUGUCCGUGGAGUGGAUGCCGGUGAGGAGUGGGGUCACACACACACACUGCCGGAGAGGAGCUGUCCCUGAAACAGGUGGCGUUUCUCCGUCCCAGCUGAGGGACCCGGCGGCGGCUGGGUGACGGUUUACCGCGACUGGGAGAGAAUUCUUAUCUGACAAGCCCGGCCAUGACUUCGGUUUGGAAGCGGCUCCAGCGGGUCGGAAAGAAGGCGUCCAAGUUCCAGUUCGCUGCGUCGUUUCAGGAGCUGAUGAUAGAAUGUACAGAGAAAUGGCAGCCAGACAAACUGAGAGUGGUGUGGAUCAGGAGAGACAGACGUCACAGCACGAAGCUCCACAGCUGGCAUCCGGGGAUUAAAAACCCCUACAGAGGCCUGGUGAUUUGGCAGGUUCCAGAGAGCUUAGACAUCACUGUCACACUCUUCAAGGAACCGACUGCAGAGGAGUUUGAAGACAAGGACUGGACGUUUGUCAUUGAAAAUGAGACAAAAGGCCGUAGGAAGGUGUUGGCAUCGGCUGAUGUCAAUAUGAAGAAGUUUGCCAGUGCCACGCCGGCCCAGUAUGACGUAACACUUAAGCUGAAACCACUGUCUGUCAAAGUGGUGGAAGCCACGCUGAAACUGAACUUGUCUUGUGUCUUUCUCAAAGAGGGAAAGGCCACAGAUGAGGACAUGCAGAGUCUGGCCAGUCUAAUGAGCAUGAAACAGAGCGACAUUGGAAAUCUGGAUGACUUUAAUGAUAGUGACGAUGAAGCUGGUGAGGAGAGGAGGGCCAGCUUUGGACAAGCUGCUCAUGUUACUGCCUCUGCCACCAGAGUACAUGACCUGGCUUGGAGGCCUGCAGUAGAAACAGGCCCCACAGUAACCUCAGAGAUGGACUGGAAAACAUCCUCCGGUAUUUCUUCCACCAUCUCGGUCCCAUCUUGUCUUCCUCUGCCCCCUGAACCCCCAGCCCCCUUUGUUCCCCCCACUUUACGCACGCAACCACCAAGCACUGUCCAGCAGGCUCGGCCCUCCCCCUACGCCUACACAUUGCCAGCCUUUACACGUGCUCACCCACCUGCACUUCCCAAAAUCUUCCAGCCCAAGCCCGGAUCAGCUCCUCGGAGGCCCCAUAGCUUCCACAGUGGCUCCACUCCAGCUGAGGGCUUGGAAGCCCAGGCUUUCUCUGCCUGCGUCCCUUCCAAAGCUCUCUCCACCUCUUCUCUGUCCUCCUUACCCUCUGAUCCAUCUCUUCAUCCUCUACCUUCCUAUGAUACGUCACAAACAGCCUGUCCCAGUGCCUGGAGAGCACAGGGGGUCCCUUCCUUUUCGUCUGUCUCCUCUUCAUCUUCAGCUCCUCUCAGCUCCUUCCCUGUUAUACCUCCACCGCCACCUUCUCUCAGACAGCCUAAAGCUCGCCUCACCUCUGUGGGGCAGCCAGGCUUUGCCCUCACCAGACCAACCAGUCUGCCAUCCGCCCCUGAGACAGCUUCCUGGCAGAGUGAAUGGAGGUCUCCCAAAUCUCAGGCCCCUCUAUCACAACCUGGCCUCUCUCCUAAGUUUCUGCAUCCCUCUACCAAAGAUCCCGAACAGCCUGCAGUGCUGCAGAAAAAGCAGAGAAUAGAGAUGCCAUCCUCGUUCUCUUUGCCCACUGGUCAUUCUUUGGAGCAGAAACCCCAGGAAGGGUCUGGAUUUGUUUCUUCCUGGAGACCCCAGGUCACCCCUGCAGUAGAGAAAGCCUCACCUUCUCCUUUAAGUCCUUCCCCUGAUCUUGUGCUUUGUGGGCCUCCUCCUUCUCAGCCUCAUAUACCCCAAACUGCCUUAGUCUCCCCCAGUGACCACGAUGCAGAAUUCAAAAGACAGUUGAGCACGCUGAGUGAAGAGGAUAACCAAUGCACAACACCUACAACCCCUGACCCCAGAGCCCCAGCCAGUCGGAAGGCAGAGCCAUUCAAGGCUACAGAAAGAAAAAGAGACACACCUUUUGGAAUCGAGGUUUUCAAGGCAUCAGCAGGACCUGACAGCAUGGCUUCACUACUGUCCCUUAGCUCCAGAGCACCCGUUGCCCCAGGGCUAAAAUAUUUUGAGAUGCCAAAAACACAGAUGGGUCAGACAGAAUCAAAGCCACCAAGGACAUUCCCUAACGUCCAGCCAACACUCCCUUCCUUCACUUCCUCACAUAUGAAAAACCCUGAUUUUCAAGAUCACACAUCUGCCUCAGUCAAGGAGCUUCUGUGUAAACCAAGAAGUCACUCGUCCAAGAUGUCCAUUCAAUUAGGGAAUCCAGUAGCCCAACCAGAGUCUGUUCAAUAUAAACCCCCUGUUCCUCCUAAACCACACCCUACUUCCAGAUCUCUUCAGGGACCUUUGUUGCACUUGCCUCAAAUUGCUACAACCUCAGGCACAAAACCAAUAAGAAGGAUAGCAGUGGCCAAUAAAAAGGAGGCUGACACUAUGGAUUCGGGAAAUGAGAGCAUGGCUGCCUCAGUGUCAUCUUGUCUCAGACAUGCCAAUUCUGCUUGUCCUCCAAUGGCGAUGAACAAAACACCAGAAGCUCAGUCUGGAGAAUGGUCCACUGUGCAAAAUUUCCAGCAGGAGAAGCCACAAAGUGUCACUCAAAACAUCAGCCCACCUGUUCCAAUACCUUUUAUGGAUCAGAAAAUCAUACACAACACAACUGCCUCAGACCAAGUCACUUCAAGAUUGGACUCUAAUUUUGGGUUUCUCUCUGCACAGCAGGUCACAAAUGAUAAUUUAUCAGAACAAAGAGAAAAAUCUAAAAUGGAUGUAUCAUCAUCUACAAAAAGCUUAGUUGUCCAUGACUUUGGCCAAGAAAAUUCUGUGGAGAAAGAGAUAACUGAAAAUGUGCCUUGGUCUAUGGAUAAAAGACCAUUGUGUGAAAGAGAUAAGGAACCUGUGUUACCAAGCUCUACAGUCAGUAUAGAAGAAAAGUGUAUGUACAUAUCUGAGAUGGAGCAUGGUCCAUUGUGUCCAAAGGAGAGUUCUAUUUCUCAUUUACCAGUCACUUUACAGCCUGAAGCUCAGAUUGAAGGAACAGUGAGAGUUCCAAGUAUGAUUAAGUUACAAUCAAGUUGUCCACAAAAUUCCAAGAUUCCUGGCAUGCCAUGUUUACAUCAGUCACAAGUUAUAGCUUGGCCUAAUGAUAGGUUAUUGUUUCAGAAGUUACCCAGUCACCACUUUCCAUUACUCCAGUAUUCAGAUUAUGUCAGCUUUCUUUAUGAGGAUAAUUCAGGAAUUGCAAAUAUGGUGCACUUAACACCAACCUGUUCCAGGUCGGCCAGUAUUCCUGGAUUUCCAUCCGCUUUGAAACGUGAACCAAAUAUGGCUCACCUUUUACCUUCUUGUCCCAGAAUGAGCAGGAAUCCAGGCUUGGCUUCUGCUGGAUCAAUGAAAGGAGAUGGAAAUGUGUUUUGGGACAGAUGCUCUCUGUGGACGAAACCAUUGCAGACAAAAGAGGCAUUUAUUUCACAGAUGUCUUGUGUUCAGGAACAAUCUGUCAGUGAUAUUAAUAUGAUUAAAGUCAUGGUGGCCAUGUUGCCAACAUGUUCUAAAAAAGCCAGUGUUCCAGGCUUUCCGUCUGCACCAUUGCAGAUGACUUCAAAUACUCCAAGUAUGGCCAGUCUUCUCCCUACAUGCCCCAAGGAGACAACAAUUGCUGGUAUGCCAUGUAGACAAAGAGUUAUGGCAUGUAAUGACAGUUGGCAUAUUUUGAGGGAAUUAAUUUUAGAUAAACCAUUGAGAAAUAACCCUGUUCGGGUUCAGGAACUGUCACGUGAGGAUAAAGAACAUUUAAGAUAUAUGGUUGAUAUGCUACCAUCUUGUCCCUGGAAGGCAACAAUUUCUAGUUUUCCCUCCUUGUCACAAGAAGAACCCAAUGUGCGUAAUGUUUCACUUGCACCGGGGCGAGAUCCCAGCAUGGUGGAUUUUCUGCCUACUUGCCCAAGAAAAACUAGAGUCAUUGGUUUACCCUCUAAGGAGCCAGUUAGUGCUCAAGCUGAAAAUUUUGAUUUUACCAAGCAUAUUUUGACAACAAAGCUCUUGAAUGUAGGUGAAGUUCUGAUUCAAGAUAUUCCAUCAGUUGCUGUUCAAGAUCUAGACAAGAGAGAAAUGUUCAGCUCUGUUGCAAUGCUGCCCUCAUGUCCUGGAAGAACUUGCCUUAUGGGUAUGCCUACAGCCCCCACAAAGCUGUUACCGAGUAUUGUUAGUCUUGUAACUCUAUGUCCUAAACAGACCCAAACUCCUGGUAUGCCUUCUCUACACAAUCACAACGAUUCAAAUAACAGAGAUUGGCAUGCUUUGAAGCAGUUAAUUAACAGGAGACCAGAGAAGACAGCACAAGCUUACAUUGUUCAGUGGAUACCAAAAGACACAGAAAUCCUUAAAGAUAUGGUAAAUAUGUUGAUUAGUUGCCCACAAAAAAACAACAUAUUUGGCUUACCCUUUGCUCCAAGACCAGAACCCAGCAUGAAUAAUGUAAUGCCCUCAUGCCCUCAAUAUAGUAAAGUCCCUGGUUUGCCUUCAAAGACUGGACAAAACCUUUCUUUAUCUAGCUGCAAUGAAUGGUUCACUUAUCAAAGUUUACAGUGGGAUAGUCCAUCUAUCAAAAGGGUAGUGCAGAUUGUAAAUGCAGUUUCAUGUUUUGAUAAGAACACUGCCAAAAGUAUGGCUGCAAUAUUUCCUUCUUGCCCUGAGAAUGCUAGUGUACCUGGGUUUCCAUCUGCUCUGACGCCAACAUUAACUGAUGGCCCAACUAUGGUAAAUAUAUUGCCUAGUUGUACAAAGGAAUCUAGAGUACCUGGAAUGACACUUAGAGACACCACCAAACAAUCUGAGUGGCUAGUGGAAAGAAAGUCAUUGCUACUACCUCAGGAGAAGUCUGCAGUUACACUUCAUUUACAGGAUGCUAAUGUAUUCUAUCUUGAUUGCGAAAUGAUUGGGAAUAUGGUAUCCAUAUUGCCCUCCUGCCCACAGACAGCCUGUUUACCAGGCUUUCCAUCUGUGCCGUGUCAGAUGUUGGCAGAUAUACCAAGUAUGAUCAAUCUGCUGCCUACUUGUCCAAGACAUUCCAGAGUUUGUGGAAUACCCUCUAGAUUCCAUGGUGAGUCUGAUGAAGCUGAAUGGUGUGUAGAUGAAUUGCCAGUAUGGGAAAGGCCAUUAAUAAAUCCAGAAAGACUCUCGGUAAUACAUGACCAUAAUAUGUUUUUUAGAGAAAAGGCAGUAAUUAAAAUUAUGGUAUCUAUGUUGCCAUCCUGUCCCAAGCACUCAUAUAUUCCUGGUGUUCCCUCUAAGGUAGGAGAGAAACCAGUGGAGGCUUUGUUGAAAGAGGCUCCCAGCAUGUUAAAAUCCUUAGGCACGUUCCCAAAACACUGUAAAAUUCCAGGUCUACCUGCAAAAAAUAAUGCAAAAGAAGAUGAUGGCUGGUAUUUUGGUGGGGAUAGAGUUUGGGAAAAUCCAUUUAAUAGAAGGUAUGGUGUUGAUCAAGAUUUUGCAGUUAAGGAAAUGUCAUAUAUGGACAAAGAAAUAAUGCUGAGUAUGCUUCCAUCAUGUCCACGACAAUCCCUGAACCCUGGAUUUCCAUCUGCUCCACGACCCCAUGUUGUUGAUGCCAUUGAGGAAAAAAUUACAGACAUGAUACAGUUACCAUGUUGCCCAAAACAGUCAAAUAUCAUUGGUUUCCCCUCAAAAGUGGCAAUUAUUUCUGAUUCUAAAGUAGGGGGCUGGCCAAUGGAGAUAAUAGAAACACAAGGAUGCUGUCCAUCUUACAAAAAAUAUAGUUUUCCUAACAAAGAUAUAGUGAAGGCAAUUGUCUCUCUUGAACCUUCUUGUCUAGACAUUGCUCCCAGUUCUGGCUUAAUAGCAAUUCCACCACCUGACUUACGAUCGUUUCCAAAUAUGGUGAAUAUUGUGCCAUCUUGUCCAAAGAAAGCUUCUGUGCUUGGGGUACCAUCAAUGCAUAUACACCAUUCAGGACAGGGGUGGCCAGUUAAAACAAUUGAAAAGGAAAGAGACAACUUGAUUAGUCAACAGCUGUCACUAGAAGAACCUUCCUUUUGCAAGGUUUCAGUCAGUGAAAGAUCCAUGCAGUCCAUAUUUCCUAGCCAAGACGUACCAGAAGAUAUACAAGAAAGAAUUACAAGUGAGUCAUCAACCUGCUACAUUGAGGCCAUUGACUUACCAUCAUCAAAAUCUGAAAUCCAAGUGGACCAACCAUCCUCUAGAGUUAAUGGGAUUGAGAUGUUAUGGGAGGAGACCAGUCAAACCAGAUCAGAUCUUGACACAAAGAAAACAAAGAUGGAUGCGUGCUCAACUUUGGAGAUGCAUAAAGAUGAACAGGAUGUUUGGAAACCGAUUGAGGCUGAAGAAUUAGCUGUUCUAGAUAAAGGAAACUUGUAUUGCAGAAUGUGGCACUCCAUACCUGACAUGCCACUAUUUUUGAGUGUUAAGUGGAAGAGCUCCUUGGGUCAAAAGGAUACUAAAGACACCCAGACAUCAAUUUAUGAGAAGGGUGAUACUAUUGGUAAAGAAGCAAGGACUGCUGAAGUUACUGUGGUGGAUUAUAGUUUUAUGCCCUCAGAAGAGUCAAAUAAUACUUUGUCAGUAGAAUCAGUGGAUGCCAUUGCUACACUUUAUGACACUGUGGAUCAAGAAUGUAUUAGAUACUCUGAGAGUGGACAUGAAAACAUGGCUUCACUACAGCCCUCAAGCCCAUUUGUUGCUGAUGCAGCAGAACCCUCAUCCCAAACCCAAAUAAAUAAUGCUGAACAGCAGUUAGAAAAACAUCCUACAAACAGUGCCAUACUAUGGGAGGAGCUACCAAAGGUGGCUACAGUAAAAUGUCCUACAGACAAAACCAUAUUAUGGGUGGAGCUACCACAGGUGACCACAGAGGUGACAAGAAACACAUCAGAGGAAGAAAUGAAAAUGACAAAAGAAAUGGUCACCAUGGUUCCAUCAUUACCCAGUUCGACCAUGAUCACAAGUCUCUCUUCCAUGAUGUUAGACCCUGAUGAUGACAUAAAGACAACGACAGAAGCUGGGAUGGAAGAUCUGUUUGCAUUCACUGCUACUACUAAACAAACAAAUGAACUGGACACUCAGUGUACUUGUGAUAAGCCAUCAAAGGAUAAGGAAAUUAUAACCACAGAGAGUGCCCUUUAUUCAAAAGGUCAGACAGAUCUAGUAAAACAAAUGGUGGAUAAAAAGUCCUCCCACCCUAGUGCACAAGGUAUGCCAUAUUAUGAAAAGCCUGAAAUUGAGUACAAACAGUCCGCUUUUAUGGAAACCUAUCCCAAUAUGACAAACAUUGCUGGCAUGCCAUCCAAACUGACUAUCAAAGAAGAACACUGGCUUUUAGAUCAAAUGCCGAUCUGGGAGAAAGAAUCAAAAAUGAAAGAAAUUUUACAGCCAUUUCCAAAAAAGGAUGAUGAAAAUAACAAGAAGGAAGCGGUUUUACUGGUACCCACUUGCCCCAGAGAGGCCAGAAAUCAAGGAUUCCCAUCUGUACCACAACACAGUUUAGUAUUUGUGGAUAUGUAUCCUGAUGUAUACAAUAUAUCUGGUACACCAUCUAUCAGUGACACAAAUAGCAGAUCCUGGGUAUCACAACAGGAACCACUUUUGGAGGAGAAAAUUAAAACUGAACUCAUAACAGUGUCACCAGAAGAGAAGGUCAAAAAUAAACUAAUGGGACCUUUAGUACCAUCUUUCCCAAACAUACCGGACAGCCCCACACUUCCAGAACCUGAUAUGAUGAACCUAUUAAGGUCUUGCUCCAAAACUAGUACUGAAGGUAUUCCGUCAUUAAUGGAAGAUUUGAGCAAAAGCUGGGCUACAGAUUGCAAACCCUUGGGGGUAACACAGGAAAUCACAAAAAACAACACAACUAUGAUUGAAGAAAUAUCUCACAAUGAUGAGAUAAAGGCCAUAACAGCUUUAGCCCCAACUUGUUCAAAAGAAGCAUCCAUCCCUGGAUUGGCAUCUGCUAUCGAACCUACAGUAUGCUAUAAUGAGUUUAGUACGGUCAGUCUCCUUCCAUCUUGCCCAACUAGCUCUAGUAUGGCUGGUUUUCCUUCAGUGCCUUCAGUUCAUGAGCCAUUAUGGGGAAAAACUAUUAAAAAGGAGUCUGUAUUAUUACUGGAGAACAAUAAAACGGACAGAGACAUGAAAGGAGUUGUUUCUGUUUCACAAAAUUGCCCGAGAGAAUCAAUCAUCUUUGGUUUUCCUUCCAUAUCAAAACCCAGAAUGAAGAUGAAUGUUGUUGACAUAACAGAUAUGGUCAGUCUUUCAAGCUCAUGCUCCAAAGUGUCACGAAUACAAGGAUUUCCAUCAUCUCAUAACUCAGAAGAAUGGACAACGAGCGGGGAGCCACUAUUUGAACCAAGAAUGAAAGAAAAGCAGGUGAUACUGAUUGACAGACAUGAAAGAGAUAAGAGAGCAAUGAAAGAAAUGGUUUCCCUUGUGCCAUCUUGUCCAAAAGAAGCACGGGUGUCAGGAUUUCCUUCUCAUCCAAGUCCUCUAACUGUGUGUUGUGCCCCAGAUAUUAUCAGCCUUUUUGCAUUGUGCUCACAAGAUUCCAAAAUACCUGGAUUCCCAUCAUUUCAGGGGGAUAUGAGUGUAGGAUGGGUAACAGAAAAGGGGUCAAUGCUGAAGAGCCUACCAAAGAAAGCAAUCAUAUUUGACACAUCAAAUGAGAACAAAAAGAUAAUGAAAAAUAUGGUUUCCUGUGUACCGUCCUGCCCUAAAGAGUCAAGUAUUCCUGGUUUCCCAUCUAUUUCAAAUCGCAAAAUAGUGUAUUAUGGCAGAAAUACUGUUAACCUCCUUCAUUUGUGCCCCCAAGUUUCUAUCAUACCUGGGUUUUCAUCAGUUGAAGGGCACAAAGACAAAGGUUGGUUCGCUGAACUGGGUUCUUUGAUGCGCAGACACCAAAAGAACAUUCAGUUUUGGAUUAACAGCUCAUUUAUUAGUGCAGACGACACAAACAACAUGGUUGCUUUGGUUCCUUCUUGCCCAGAAGUCUCAAAGAUUCCAGGCUUCCCAUCUGCCCCACGAUACAGUAUGCUAAGGCUUGUACCUGUUUGCCCCAAAGUAUCCAGUUUGCCUGGAUUUACAUCCUUUGAAGGAGCCUCAAAAGUCCAAUGGCUUUUGGAUCCACACACUUUAUGUGAUAAGCCAUCAAAGGAGACAGCUUUUGUGAUACACAGUACAAUUCAAGACAGAGACAAUUUUAAGACAAUGUUGGCCUUAGCACCAACUUGCCCAGAAGCAUCAAGAAUCCCUGGGUUCCCCUCUGCACCUCAAGCCAAAUCUAAGAUUGAACCUAAUAUGAUAAGUUUUGUACCUUGCUGCCCCUGUGCUUCAAGUUUAAAAGGAUUUGCAUCUUUGACUCCAUCCUCAAACACAGGGUGGCUAAAUGAAACAAAACAGAUUUUGAUUAAAGAGAAGAGGGCAAAAAUGUUUAUGCAACUUGCUGGACAGGACCCACUAUAUUGCUACAACGUGCAUAGCAUGAUGACAUUAGUGACAUCCUGUCCAAAAGAGGCCAGAGUAUGUGGCUUUCCCUCUGCUCAAAUUGUAAACAGAGAACCAAACAUGGUCAGCCUAUACGCAUCUGCUCCAUGUGUUUCAUGUGUCCCAGGUUUUCCAUCGGCAAGGAUGCUUAGUGCUGAAUGUACAAAUAUACAAACUAGGACAACACACAGCAAAUCCUUUAUUGAGAAGCUGCAGAAUGAGAAGAUUUUUGCAAAAUUCCAAGCGACACAUGACCACACACAGGAUGAAAUGCAGUACAUGGUAGCAAUGGCUCCAUCAUGUCCACAUUUGACUCGAAUUCCUGGGUUCCCCAGCAUUUCACAAUUGAAUCCAACAGAGAAAGAAACAAUGACCACUCCAUCCCCUUGUUCUACUGAGAAGCAUACGUCACAAGAAUUGCCUCAUGCACAGUCACCUCAGUUAUAUCAGGAAGACACAAGAAUUCCUGAUGUUUUCUCCACAUCUUUUACCAGCCACAGCACAGCACUUGCAUAUGAGGACAGAUUCAAAGGUGGUGCAAAGCAAAGCAUAGAUGUUUGUGUAGAUGAAGGCAAAUCGCAAAUAGUGACGAUAGCAGCAGACGAAACCCAAACAGUGGCGAAUCCAUUGGACACAUCAGAGCCAAUGGGAGUCUUGGGUUGGGAAGUAUUGGAGACAAAGGGGACAAUUACAGAAAAACAGAAAGAAUCCUGUUUGUCCGCAAAAGAGGAAGAUACCUCAGGAUUAGUCAAGGCCAUUGUGGGUGUUUUCCACAAAGGUUAUGAAACAGUAGCAUCCAUUUUGGGGCCAUCUAGCUUUACUUUAGCUGAAGUGGAUCACCAACCCAAGGCUGUCUCUUCCAUGGAUCCAAAAAACAAGAAAUCAAACCCUCCAGAUGAGCCUUUUCCACAAUAUGUGGACAACACAAAUCCCACCCAGAAGACAGAGGACCAGUUUGAAGACAGUCAUGACAGCGAAUAUCCAACAAGUGUCGAGCCUUACAUGUGGGACUUGGUUGAUGAUCAGUCAGCGUUUCCAUCACCAGAUACUGAUGAUCAGUUUUCAGUUUGUGCAAGUAUGAAGAAAUGGCCACCACUGACAGAGGCAGAUAUCACUGAAAUAUCAAAGGAUGAUAGUGAACCGGUAGAGGAACAAGACACUACUCUUGAUACAAAGCAGAGAUCAGUCACAGGGCAGGACUCUGUUCAAACAUCAGUGUACAUUGAAACUUUGUUAGAAACGACCGAGACAGAACAUGAUGAGGUUAAAACAGGGUCGCCUUCUUCACAGCUGGAUAAAGGAACAAGCCUGCAGCCUGCAUCAAAUGAAUCUCUGACAGAUGCCAGUGCAAAUAAAGAGAUCCUCAUGGACAAAUCCUCAGAUUUUCAACACAUCAGACCAGUUGGACAACAACCUGACAUUGCUGUUCCUCAGCGAGGCAGAAAGCCCAAGAGAAAAGUUCCAGAACCGCAGCAGCAAGGGUGUGAUUCUGAAAAAGACACUGUUCCAAUACGGCCACUCAGAAGGAAGGAUACACCAGACAGCAAACAAAAAACUGAAAAUUUGUCUGUCAAGCUUGCCACUGAGGUUAUUCCAGUCGUGUCUAUAAGGAAAGAUGCUACUGAUGAGAUCAUUCUCACACAACCUGCAACUGCCCCACCUGACAUCAUAAACACAGGAGAUAGUGGAGGUCCUCUAGGUGCACCUCAGAAUGAACAUGCCCAAGAAAGUGGUGCUCAAGUAACAACAUAUACUGGUGUCUACAGACAAAAAGAGGGAGCUGAAUCUGUGCAGAUAGGCUUUGAGGUUGUCCCUCCUCCACGUGUGAAAAAAAGAGAUGGUAAUUUGCCACCCGAAGCUCCACAGAGAACCGCACCCUGCAAACCUCUGAGAAGAAAAGAUGGUGUCACUAGAGAGCCAUCUGUUCCAAAAACUGACCAACAGAAUUUGAAACUGCAAGUCAGUUAUACUUUGAAAGCUUCUGAUUCUUCUUCUGUUCCUCCUCAACCAUGUGAGAUAAGCUCUGAUGUCUCUGGUGCUCUUGAACAAUUACAGAGCAAUGAUGAAGCCUGUCAAACAGCCACUGAAAUGAUCCCUUCACAACCUGCAGGAGGAAAGGACCUAACAACCACCAAUUUUGUUGACAAUGCAUCUCUACAGGCAGACCCAAAAUUGGUCUGUUCAAAGGUCACAGAGAAAACCACUUGUACCUUGGAAUGGCCAAAGAAAGACAAGACCUCUUCUCAUGUUAUCCCUCCUGCUGAAACAAAAGGAAUUGAGAGUGUCAUCCCAUUGCCAGAGGUAUUUCAUGCUGAUCAAAUUUCUUCUCUCUCAAUCAUCAAGAGGAUACGUCCACAACAUGGCAGGAGAUUGCCAUCAAGAAAAUCUGGCAAAAUUGACAGUGACAAGGAAAUUACACAGCAAAAUCUAAAUGUUGCAAACAAUGAGUCUAUAAAACCUAUGGGUGAAAUUCAAGAUAUAAAGCAGUCAGCUAUAGCUGACAAUACAGCUGUUACAAUUGGCAUUACAUCUACCUAUAAAUCAGAGGACGCAUCAAAGAUAGCAGAGGCAGAGAAGCACGAACAAACAACUAUUCCUAUGACAAAGCCUCGUGUAAAGAAACGUCUCAGUGGCUCCUUCCCAGAUGAUGUUUUAGCUACAGAGAGCACACCUAAGUCUUCCCAUGUAGAGGAGCCACAGGCAACAAGGCCAGAUAGUCCUAAAGAAAGCAAAGACUUCCACAUUAUUCCUCUGAGGGAUCCAUCUUCUACAUCUUCAGAAGAAGUGGCCCCUGUGAAGUUGAGGAGAAACAGAGCGACCACUGAGAACAGUGUUCAAGUGGAGGAGGGUCAUAUUUCAGAGAAGGUACCAGAAGCUUCAAGCUUGCCUGUACCAAAACCAAGAGUGAAGAAACGUCACAGUGGGUCAUUCCCAGAUGACGUUACAAUUUCUGGCUCACCACCUUCCUGUCUAACAGACACAGUAGCUAAAAUCAGUCAUGAAUUAGAAAGAUUAGAACAGAAUGAACAGUCAUGCAUGCCUGUUCCAUUGCCUCGGGCCAAGAAACGUCUCAGUGCAACUUAUUCAGACAGCACAUCACCUGUAGACGAUAUCCCCCUAGAAAUAGAAUCCUCUCAGAGAAGUCCAGAGGAUAUGUCUGUCACUACCAAGGAAACAAAAGAAAGCACAACACCGUUGGAUUCAAGUAUGAUCUCUGAAGGAGGUUUUGUCACAGUCCAAGCAGAAGAUGAUGUAUCAGAGUUGGAACGGGAAGUUUUAGCAGCAAUGGCAGAAGAAUUCCCACAGGCAGACUCUGUAGAAGAAACUGAGAAAGCACUGGAUGAAAUCUUUAAAGACUGGACCUUUACAGAUAAACCGGUUGAUGACAUAGAGAAGGCUGCAGAGGCAAUGUCUGAGCAGGCUGACUUUCAAAAAGUCUUGCAAACAGAGGUUGAUGGGUCCCUUGCUUCCACUGUUGCAUCUUCUCAAGAUGACUGGCUGCAUAUAGAAAAUGAUAAAGACAGUGAACCAAUGGAAAUAAAAUCAAAGAAGGAAAUAAGAGAUGAAGAGUUGGACUUUGGCUUUGUAUCUGUAGACGUAGCUGCUGGGUGUUUAGAUGAAGAAAGACAAAGGGACAAACCAGAAGAAGCUGACAACAAGUCACAAGUUACUGGCCUCCACCAAGCCAAGGAACCAGUAACACCUCAGAAAAGACCUGCAGAUGGGGCAGUCUCUCCAGAAAACCUUGUGGCCAGUCCCAGCUUAGUGACAUCCAGUCAGUCUCUACUGGAAUGGUGUCAGGAAGUCACACAGGGUCACAAGGGAGUGAAGAUCACCAACUUCAGCACCUCCUGGAGGAAUGGCCUCGCCUUUUGUGCCAUCUUACAUCACUUCUACCCAGAAAAAAUUAAUUUUGAAAUGCUGGACCCGUACGACAUCAAGCGCAACAACAAAAAGGCCUUUGAUGGCUUUGCAGAACUUGGCAUUUCCAGGUUGAUAGAGCCUUCAGACAUGGUCAUGCUAGCAGUGCCUGACCGCCUCAUUGUCAUGACCUACCUCAACCAGAUCCGCACCCAUUUCACAGGCCAGGAGCUCAGUGUGCUUCACAUAGAAAAGGACAGCAGCGAGUCCAGCUAUGCAGUAGCUGGGGACCGGGAGUGCCAAGACGACCCUGAGGCGACAGUUCGCUACUGCGCCCAGAGGCUCCAGGAGGAGGGUAUAAGUCUUGAGACGAAUGGUACUGUUAGCACAGCAGAGAAGGAAAGUCAGUCCAGUGUGGUUCCACCUCCCAGAACCAAACGACUCCAGGCUGCUGGGGCAGGUGGGGCCCCAGUGGCACCACCAAGGAGUCAUUUUCUGUCCAAGUCGGGUUUCUCUCAUGUCAAAGAUGCUGAUCUGGUUAAGAAGCGUAGGUCACAGCGGAGAAGUGGGUCUUUAGAUGAAGGAGACAUAUCAGUGGUUGUUGCAGGGCAAGAAGACAGUGUAACUGCGAGGAGGAAAUCAGAAACUGAGAGAACAGAGGCAGUGGUUGAAGAGGCAAGAGCAGAAGGCCAGGACCCCAGCCAGUAUGUGCUGAAUCAGAUAGAAGCCCUAGAGGCGGAACAAAACCAUGUUGAUAACAGAGCAGGUGUGGUGGAGAGAAAACUCCGACAACUAAUGGAAACAGGCAGUGACAAGAUAGAGGAGGAGAGGCUCAUUCAGGAAUGGUUCACGCUGGUCAACAAGAAGAACGCUCUGAUCAGGAGGCAGGAUCAUCUGCAGCUGCUGCUCGAGGAACAAGACUUAGAAAGAAGAUUUGAGCUGUUAAAGAAAGAGCUGAGUGACAUGAUGGCAAUGGAAGAGUGGCAGAAGAGUCAGGCUCAUAAACACAGAGAGCAGCUGCUGCUGCAGGAGCUGGUUUCACUGGUCAACCAGCGAGACGAACUGGUCCACAAUAUAGACGCCAAGGAGAGAGGAGCUCUGGAGGAGGACGAGCGCCUGGAACGAGGUCUGGAGCAGCGCAGGAGGAAGUAUGCUAAGCAGCAGAAAGAAAAGUGUCUGAUGCAAUGAUUCUAUCAAUCUCCAGCCAUCAAACACUGGGUCACCUGUCCGAAAGAAUGUGGGUCAGGACAAAACCAAGACCAGGACGAUGGGAUGUUUGGUCCUUUUUGAUUGAUGGGUGCGGUGUUAAGUCAGAGGCAAGGGGCCAUCAACACAGCUGAUCCAAGGAAGAGAACACACUGAACCAAUGAGAGGUGGCAGUGUGUUUCCAAAAAAGACUGAGGUGGUCCAAAACCAGAGUGAGGUUCAGAAAAAUGUCAGCUAUGUUUGGGCUCUGUUAUUUUUAUCUGUCUUAAAAUGUGGUACUCAGCUGCGUUUUAUGGCCAAAGAUCUGAAGUGGGCGUGUCAUUUCUACAAAUUCAAAUCUAUCGUUUAUUUAUCAAACUGGACAGGACUGAUUGUUUGCUUUGCAGUUUCUGUGCUGUGUGUGUUUUUUAGUGACUUUUGUUACACAUCGUGAACGUAAAGUGUGUGAGACUGGAAAUGUUUGGUACAGAUAUGAGCUGCCAGAACCAGGAGAGACCAAGUCUGACCAGUGUGUUGGUUUGUUAAGGGCAGUGCUCAUAUGUUUGGACCAGACCUGCUGAGAACCAAAACCAAAAGUAAAUGGGUGAGGUUUAGUUAUUUUUAAGUCCAGGCUUAAAAAAACCUGCUUGAUCGUGGUAUGAGGUUCAGGAAUGACGUGAUUGUGGUUGAAAAACUGCUAGGUUAAGCUUAUGCAAUGAUUGGUCAUAGUUAAAGCCAAUGUGUUUGUGGUUAAAGUCAAAGUCAACUAAACGUUUUGUGUACAAUAACAAAUACUGGUCUAGUCUUUGAGGAAUUACCACAGUGGCCUUACUGUAGGAUGAGUUACAUUAGAACCGACUGUCACAGACAAAAAAAUAUUUCAACCCUCCGUCCAUUGGAAUUGUUUUUGUUGUUUGCUUUAUUUUUAAAGUUCAAUCUAAUGUACCGUAGUCUGAUUUCAUAUUGUGUGAUCACUUCUCCAGUGGAGCAGAUGGGAUGAAGACGCUCUGAGACUUCUGACUUAAAGUUUGACUAUUUAUUCAUUGACGACAUAUCAGCUGGAGAAGCAGCCACACAUAUGUUGGUUUGGAUUUUACCCAAAGCUUAUAGCCCUCAUUAUUGUAGCAUUUGACUAGGCUGCAUUCAUAUUCAUGACCGUGACAUGCACAUGUGCAGUAAGAUUUCUUUUUCUGGUUUUCAGUGUAUGUAUUGAAACACAUUCAGUGGAUCACAUCCUUUAUUUUCCUUACUCUUCAAGUUUUUGAAAUAUUGUGGAGAAUAACUUUGAAAGGUGAAGAUGUGAGUGUCUAUGCAUGAUAAAAGCCAUAUCUUUAGCACAAUAUUAACAUUUGAGCUUCCAUCUCUUCCAAGAAUGAACGGAUGCUUCCUCCUCGUGUUUGCACUGAAAAAUUUCGUGUGUGGACUUCAGUACAGGGACGUUCUGUUUUGAGAGGUUUUCUCGUGUCUGUGUGUAUGUGUGUGUGUGUGUGUGUGUGUGUGUGUGUGUGUGUUUGCAGUUCUCAUGUUGCCAUAAACUGCUGGUUGUAGCAGCUCUCAAAGGAUUGUUGAUGCUUUUAUUUUGUGGUUUUUCUGUAACAUUUGCACUAUCUGUAAAGUUUGGAAAAUACAAAAGAUUUGAAUGCCUUUA